AUGGUCAAUUCUAAAUUCAAAGAGACUUUUUCUAAACUUCACUUCAAUCCAGUUCCUCUUGACUCUCAUUCAUUUCCUUUCUUCUCUCAUCUCCAGACAUUCUGGGUCUAUUCUCAAGACAACCCCUGGCUUGAUUCAGAUCAAAUUACAAAAUAUCAUGUUCAUUACCAAAUUAGUUAUUCACAAUACUGUGUAAUUGUUAAACAACAAUCAAAACCAAUCGAUUUUAGAAAAGUCUCAUAUUCUAAAGAGGAUUAUAUCCUCUAUGGUAUUAACAUUCCAACAAUUGUUACCAAAUUGGAUGAUUAUCUUUUUAGUUUUUCACGAAUUAAAACUUUCUGUAUUCCAAAUCAUAUUGUUGAAAUAGGUAAUGAAUGUUUUUAUAAUUGUCGUUCACUCUCUUCUAUUACUCUUUCUUCAAAUCUCACUCGAAUUGGAAUAGGUGCUUUUGAUUCUUGUUCUUGUUUAAAGUCAAUUCAUUUACCUCAACUUCUUUAUUCUAUUAACCAAAAUACAUUCUUUAAUUGUUCUUCUUUAACUGAAAUAAAAUAUCCUCCACAUUUAAACCAAAUUGAUGACUAUGCUUUUCUUGGUUGUGGUUUCAAAUUCCUCUCUUUACCUUCAACAAUAGUUAAACUUGGAGUUGGUUGUUAUCACCAAUGUUCUUUAACAUCUCUCGUCAUUCCAGAAUCUAUUUCUUCUAUAGGAACAAAAUGUUUUAAUAAAAACGAUCAAUUACUCAAUGUAUUUCUUCCUGACUCUAUAACAGAAUUGGAAGAUUCAAUGUUUGAAUCUUGUGAGAAUUUACAAUCAAUUCGUGCUUCUUCAAAACUAUCAAAAAUUGGAAAUAAAUGUUUCUAUAAUUGUAAAUCACUUCAUUUUACUUCUCAUUUCUUUGAUCAUCUGAUGUGCAUUGGAGAUUGUUGUUGUUUUGGCUGUAAAAACAUUUCAUUUCUUCAUUUGAGUUUUACUUGUUUAUCGCAUCUAGGACAAAAUGCAUUCUCAAAUACUCCACUCCAAUCUGUUGUUUUACCUUCAUCACUAUUUUUCCUUUCUUCUUCAUUUGCUUUUUGUACUUCUCUAACAAGCAUCCAUUUACCAUCUUCAAUAAAAAAUUUAUCAGGCUCUUUUAAUGGUUGUCUUAGUCUUAAAGAAAUUACUCUUCCUCAAAGCAUCACUUCUCUUGGUGAAGAGACAUUUAAAAAUUGUUCUCAACUUAAAUCAAUUCUACUACCAUCUUCAUUGAUACAACUCCCAAAUUAUUGUUUCUUUGGUUGUGAAAGUCUUAUUAAUAUUGAAAUACCAGCUACAGUAACAAGAUUUGGAUUAUACUGCUUCAAAGAUUGUAAACAUCUUACUCAAAUACAAAUACCAAAAAAAUUACUUUGUAUUGGUGCUCAUUGUUUUGAAAAUUGUAUUUUCUUAGAGAGUGUUUUGUUUUAUAACUCAUUGGAAAGACUAGAAGAUUGUUGUUUCUUGUUUUGCUUGGGACUAGAAGAAAUUCAUCUUCCAACUUCACUAACAUAUAUUGGGCAAGAUUCGUUUGCAAAUUGUGUUCAAUUAAAGAAAGUUACUGGAAAAACUGAUCUGUGCUUUGCUAAUCAACAUUCGUUUUUUAACACACCAUAUUCCUCACAACUUAAUCUCUAA